AUGGCCAGACAGAUUUUGAUCAUCAGUUUGCCGCUGGUCCUGCUUGAUGGCGUCGACCUGCAGAUGGUAGAUCCUCGCAAGCGACCGGUCAGCAUGGUUUACCAGGCUUUUGUGAACUAUCCCAAUCUGACCGUCGCACAGAACAUUGCGUCGCCGCUGCUGGCGCGACGUGGUGAAAACGCUAUGGAUAAAAAUGCCAUCGCCGCACGGGUUAACGAGCUUGCGCAGACGCUGCAGAUACAGCCACUGCUUUCGCGUUUUCCUCACGAACUGUCGGGUGGACAACAGCAGCGUCUGGCGAUAGCGCGUGCGCUGGCCAAGCAGGCGCCGGUACUGUUGCUCGACGAGCCGCUGGUGAAUCUGGAUUUCAAGCUGCGUGAAGCGCUGGAGGUAGAGUUGCGGGAACUGCUGCACCAGACCAAUACCGUUGUCAUCUAUACCAGCAGUGACCCUCGUGAUGCCUUCACCCUGGGUGAUGAGGUGCUGUUGCUCGCAGCGGGUGCAAAACUACAGGCAGGUGCACCGCUGGAUGUGUAUCUGCGGCCCCAGAGCCUCGCUGCGAUGCAGCUCAUGGCUGACCCAGGGGUCAAUGUAUUUCAGCGCGAUGCUAAAACCUGCGCCUUGCGACCGGAGCAUCUGCGCAGCGUGACGGAUGGCGGCAUAGACGUGACCUUUGAUAUGCAGGUGUCCGCCUUCGAAACCAAUGGCAGCGAAUCGUUUGUGCAUGGUGAAGUAGAAGGUGCGCAGUGGGUCAUGCGGUGUGAUGGCAUGUUACGAAUAACGCCUGGCCAGCAUCUUAAGGCGACUCUGAGCAAUCUGAAUCUCAGCGUCGCUGAUGGCGAAGCGCAUGCUCUGCUUGGUGCAAGCGGUGCAGGUAAGACGACGUUGUUGAAUUUGUUAUCCGGUAUUCUGCAUCCCACCGACGGGCGUUUACUGUUUAACGGCGAUGAUGUGUCCAGGCUCAGCGGUCGCGCGCGUAAUGUUGCCCAGGUAUUCCAGUUUCCGGUGUUGUAUGAAUCCCUCAACGUUGCUGAAAAUCUUGCUUUCCCGCUGCGUAACAGUGGUGUUGCACGGAAAGUCAUAGAUGAGCGGGUAGCCUAUAUCUGCGACGAGCUUGAGCUUGGUGCGCUGAUUGCGCAGAAACCCCGCUCACUGUCGCUUUUUCAAAAACAACUGGUCGCGGUAGGCAAAGCCCUGGUGCGCCCGGAUAUUUCUCUGGUCCUGCUGGAUGAACCCCUGACCGCGGUAGAGCCACGGAUAAAGUGGCAGCUACGACAGACCCUGCGGCGUGUACAGGCAGAUCUGCAGGUGACGAUGAUCUAUGUCACCCACGAUCAGACCGAAGCGCUGACCUUUGCGGAUCGUGUCUCUAUCUUAACGGCAGGCGGGAUUCUGCAGACGGAUACGCCGGAAGUUGUUUAUCAAUCGCCACUACAUGAAUUUGUUGGUCACUUUGUUGGCAGCCCGGGAAUGAAUUUUGUCCCGGCGCAGGCGUUGGGCGUCAGUACCGCCCAGCGAAUCGGCUUUCGGCCGGAAUGGGCCCAGCUAUCGACAUCAGGUCAAAUAACCGGGACGUUGCAGCGUGUGCGGAUUGAAGGUGCUCAGCAAGGUCUGGCGGCUGGUUUGAUGGUGCUCGAUACCGCCUAUGGCGAAGUCAUCGUGCGCGGGCGGUUGCCGGAAGUUGCCCAACGCCAGAUCGGCGCGCAGCUGCAGGUGCAGGUGACGCCGCAGAACAACCGCGCGUGGUUGGGUGUGUUACCCGUUGUGCUGAUUGUUGCGUUCAGCGCGGUAGUGCCGCUGAUGACCGUCGUUAAUUACUCGGUGCAGGAUAUUCUGGAUUUCAAUACCCGGUUUUUUGUUGGCCUGCAGUGGUACGAGCAGACCCUCAACGAUCCGCGCUUUAUUGAGGCUUUUCUGCGGCAGGUGGCGUUCAGCCUGACGAUACUGGCUAUUCAGAUACCGCUGGGCAUCUGGGUGGCCAAAGGUAUACCCAAAGACAGUCGCAUGACACCUUUGAUUCUGGUUGUCUUAGCCAUGCCGCUGCUGAUUCCGUGGAACGUUGUGGGCACUAUCUGGCAGAUCUUUGCGCGACCCGACAUCGGUUUGUUGGGCGUGACGAUCAACGCGCUGGGCAUAACGUAUAACUACACAGCGGAUCCACUGCAUGCCUGGGUAACGCUGGUCGCGAUGGAUGUCUGGCACUGGACCUCACUGGUGGCGCUGCUGGCGUUUGCCGGUCUCACGUCGAUACCGCAGCCUUUUUAUCAGGCCGCCGAGCUGGAUGGCGCCAACCGCUGGCAGAUAUUCCGUUAUGUUGAAUUGCCGCGACUGCGCGGCGUGUUGAUCAUUGCCGUACUGCUGCGGUUGAUGGACAGCUUCAUGAUCUACACCGAACCGUUUGUCUUGACCGGGGGCGGGCCGGGCAAUGCCACGACGCUGCUCAGCCAGCAUCUGGCCACCAUGGCUGUUGGCCAGUUUGAUCUUGGCCCUGCAGCGGCCUUUUCGGUGAUUUACUUUCUCUUCAUCCUGCUUUUCUGCUGGUUAUUUUACAGCUCGGUGGUGGCCAAGAAUAUUGCCGGUGAGUUUUCUGUGCUGCCUGCAUCACCCACCUGGCAGAACUUUGCGGAAAUAUUUUCCAACCCGGUCUGGUAUGAGGCGUUUGCAAACUCGUUAACAUAUGUAGGCCUGAAUACGCUGCUGUCGCUGAGUGUCGCCAUUCCCGCUGCCUAUGUGUUUUCGCGUUAUCGUUUUCUCGGCGACAAGCAGCUUUUUUUCUGGCUGUUAACCAAUCGUAUGGCACCCCCAGCGGUUUUUCUGCUGCCGUUUUUCCAGCUUUAUUCCGCGAUUGGUUUGUUUGAUACACCGCUGGCUAUUGCGCUUGCCCAUUGUCUGUUCACCGUGCCGCUGGCAGUCUGGAUCCUGGAAGGUUUCUUUUCCGGCGUGCCCACGGAGCUGGACGAAAUGGCGCGGCUGGAUGGUCACAGCUUCCUGUACUUUUUCUUCCGCGUCUUUUUGCCGAUUAAUCGAGGCGCGCUUGGGGUAACGCUGUUUUUCUGUUUCAUGUUCAGCUGGGUUGAACUGUUGCUUGCGCGUACCUUGUCCGGUGCCUCCACCAAACCUAUUGCCGUGGUGAUGACCCGCACGGUGAGUGCAUCGGGCAUGGAUUGGGGUGUGCUGGCGGCUGCAGGCGUGCUGACGGUGGUGCCUGGCAUCCUGGUGGUCUGGUUUGUGCGUAAAGACCUGGUGAAAGGUUUUCUGCCGAUGGCGACAACCCGCGGCGAUCGGUUUUUCAUCAGCCUGUUGAGUGCGGCAUUCAUACAUCUGCUCUGGUUGGGCAUGAUUGGCGGUGCUCUCUGGGUGGAUUACGCGGCAAAUGCAGCGCGCUGGGCUGCCGAGGAAUUCCAACCCACUACGCUAAGCACCGAUGAACAGCUGGCAGAACUCGCCUGGUUCACCGAAGCGGCACAGGCGCUGCGCGGCAUGGAGAUCAACGUUGUCUCCGAAACGUUAACCACCCACGAAUAUGAAAGCACCACGCUGACCCAGGCGUUUUACGACAUCACCGGCAUUCGGGUGACACACGAUCUGAUCCAGGAAGGGGAUGUGAUCGAAAAACUGCAGACGCAGAUGCAGUCCGGUGAAAAUGUCUACGACGCCUACGUGAAUGAUUCAGACCUGAUUGGUACACAUGCACGCUAUGGCUACGUGGUGCCCCUCAGUGAUUUCAUGGCCGGGGAGGGUGCCGACGUCACUUCGCCAACCCUGGAUCUUGAUGAUUUUAUCGGCAUCAGUUUCACUACCGGGCCGGACGGCAAAAUCUACCAGCUGCCGGACCAGCAAUUCGCCAACCUCUACUGGUUCCGCUAUGACUGGUUCACCAAUCCUGAGCUGAUGGCGCAAUUUGAAACACGUUAUGGUUAUCCGCUGGGUGUGCCGGUGAACUGGAGUGCCUAUCAGGACAUCGCCGAGUUCUUCUCUGAACAUGUGCGCGAGAUUGAUGGCCAGCAGGUCUAUGGACACAUGGACUACGGUAAAAAAGACCCUUCUCUGGGGUGGCGUUUUACCGAUGCCUGGCUGUCUAUGGCGGGCGCUGGCGAUCCCGGUAUUCCAAAUGGUCUGCCAGUAGAUGAAUGGGGCAUUCGCGUCGAAGACUGCCGCCCCGUGGGUUCUUCUGUCAGUCGUGGUGGUGCGGCGAACAGUCCCGCAGCAGUUUAUGCGCUGCAGAAAUACAUCGACUGGUUGAAACGCUUUGCGCCUCCGGAAGCCGGCGGCAUGACGUUCUCUGAAGCGGGUCCUGUGCCCGCCCAGGGACAGAUCGCCCAGCAGAUCUUCUGGUACACAACUUUUACCGCGGACAUGAUUAAACCCGACCUUGCGGUGGUCAAUGCGGACGGCACGCCGAAGUGGCGUAUGGCACCUUCACCCCAUGGACCUUACUGGUCAGAAGGCAUGAAGCUGGGCUAUCAGGAUACCGGCGCGUGGACGUUGAUGAAGAGUACCCCUCUGGAACGCCGCAAAGCCGCCUGGUUAUACGCGCAGUUUGUUACAUCAAAGUCUGUGUCUUUGAAGAAAACCCUGGUGGGCUUAACGCCUAUUCGUAAUUCAGAUCUGAACAGCCAGGCUAUGACGGAUAUGGCGCCGCAACUGGGUGGCCUGGUUGAAUUUUAUCGCAGCCCGGCAAGAACUCUGUGGACACCAACCGGCACCAACGUGCCCGAUUACCCCAAGCUUGCACAGCUUUGGUGGGCGAACGUAGCCAAUGCAGUCAGCGGUGAGGUCACGGCUCAAACUGCAAUGGAUAGCCUGGCGGAACAGCAGGAUGCGGUGCUGGCUCGGCUGGAACGGCAUGGUGUCCUGGGUGAAUGUGGCCCGCAGUUAAAUGAGCCUCAGGACCCUGAAUUCUGGCUGCAGCAACCUGGCGCGCCAAAGCCAGCGCUGGCAGACGAAAAACCCCAGGGUGAAACUGUGCCUUACGACGAAUUAAUUAAGGUGUGGCAGGCAGGCUGA